ACGUAGGACAACGAAUUUGCCCGGUCGUUCCCGUGAACCAGCCCGACAGUUGAUGCUCUAAAUAAGCCCUUCUUGACGUUAGGCCGGCAUUAUUUUUCUUGAUCUUUCCACUGCAAUGGAAGCCGAAGAACUGAAUGCAAAGGUAGAAUUUUCUAUGGAAGCCGAAGAACUGAAUGCAAAGGUAGAAUUUUCUAUGGAAGCCGAAGAAGCGGAAUCAGAAGAUGCGAAAACGAAGCGGGGAAGGGCUCGUCGGAGACUCUGUGACGAUUCCGACUCGGAACCGAGUUUAUCCACAAAGACCCAGAAAUUCAAUGGCGUGGUAUUGGCAAAGGCGAUGCCUUCAUAUUGCUUGAAGCGUGGCAUAGGGAGCGCACGCCGAGACUUCACUAGUAUACGCUCUAUACACCGGAAGAAAUUGCGGCGACUACUGCAGGUGUUGCUGCGGCGGCAUAACUGGACUGAGGCGAGUGGAGUGUUGAGCGUGCUUCAUAUAGCAACUUCUAAAGAAAUUGCUAUUCGUAAGACUCGAGCUAAGUUCUCGGUAUGAACUAGCUACUCUGGAGGUUCUCAAACAUCUAAAAGGUGACUCCCUCAGUUUAAGAAAGAUCCAAAAUGUCUAUGGGAUGUGGAUGUCAAAGCUUGGGCCUAUGAAGAAAUGGCCUAUUAAGAAUAAAGUCGCAGUUCAAUUGGAACACACCGUUUUCUGUUUGACAAGGAAGGAGAUGGAUGGUGCAUAUCAAGCUGCUUUAAGUCUAAUGCAGGAGCGGGGUUUUGAGAGUGAUCCAAUUUCAAAUUUAGUUGUAGGGUUGACAUUUUAUGAGCUAUGGUAUUCCAGUCUUCCAGCAGAGAUGCAUUUGGGUAAGCAGGAAGAACUUGAAAGCAACACACAACCAGAAAUAUCACAAGAUAAUAUGUUUAUGUCAAUUGUGGAUUCAAAGUGGCAAGGUGCAUCUGAAGGGAAAAAACCCAGUUCAUUGAUAACAUGUGAUUCCAACACAUCUAUUCGGAACGAUAAAGAAUACAUUGAAGCUGGUGCUUAUAAAUGUGGAGAAGUUCACAAGGAUGUUGAAAUUAACCUUCGGGAAAUAAAGCGUGAAGAUGAUAACCAGCCACAAGAUAUCUCUUUGCACUCUGAUGAGAGGAGUGAACUUGAGAUGUCAAAUGACAGUUCUCCUCCAUCCUUUUCUAGUUACUACACUCGUGGUCUGCCGCCAUUGUUAUUGCCUAUACAAUUUCCCCAGUUGGAAAAUUUAGAGGAGUUAUAUGAUUUUCAUACGAGAUUGCGCAAUGAUCAGUAUAAUAGUGCAGUAAUGUAUCUGAGUCGUGCAUUCUCCCUAAUGCCACCAGCACUUGAAGCAUUUCAUCCUCUGGUACAGCUGCUUCUUCUUGGGGAUAAGGUUAAUGAGGCUCUUGCUAUUGUUGAAAAAAUUUCUUCCGACUCUAGUACAACUCUCCAUUUGAGACUGAAGGCUCACCUAUUAGAACAUUUUGAUAGAUACAACUAUACCAAACAUGCUACAUGCUAUGAGGACAUAUUACACAAAGACCCGACCUGUGACUAUUCAUUGGGAAAGCUCAUUAGCUUGCAUCAAAGAGGGGACUACUGCACUGAAAAACUGGCGGAAAUAAUAGCCUCAAACUUAGAUGCUACUUACGCAAAGUGCAACACGUGGAGGGAGUUUGCGUGUCUCUUGAUGAAGCUUUCUCAAGCUGAAGGGGAUACUAUGUCUGUAUGUGCUGAUGGCGGUGAUGGGCAGAAACAAAAAUCAUCGGGUUAUCUUUGUAUUUGUGUCCCAAGAAUAUUUCUUGCCCCAGAAUCUCAAAAGUCUUGGAUGCUUCGUUGCAAAUGGUGGCUUACACGCCACUUCAGAAAGAGCACACUUGUGUCUGAUAUAUCUUCAGGUGACACGGAGCUCCUCACCUACAAGGCAGCAGCAGCAUGUCAUCUGUAUGGGCGAGAUUUCGGAUACGUAGUACAGGCAAAAGAGUUCUUGGAAAAAGAAAACAAUAUGGACAUGUUGCUUACCUUGAAUAGACACGUCCACAACUCAGCUGGUUUCUAUUUAAAAAAUGUGUAAUUGUUUGUAGACGUACUGUACGCUCAAGAGUGAGAUUCUUAAGAAGGAAAAUGCUGAGUAUACAUAUAUUGUACACAAAAUGUACAUCAUAUAAAUACCUUUUUUUAGCUUUUACCAUUCCCCUUUCAUUUUUUACCCUUCUCCCUCCCCAUUACUUUCCCCUUCCUCUCUCUUUUCUUUUCUCUCUGCGGGUUACGCACAACCCCACCUCUCUACUAACUCUUUCUUCAAUUUCAAUUGAUCUUCAAAUUUCCUUCAUCCCAGCUUCAAAUAUCAAUACCGGUCAGCGCUUCUACUCCUCCACCGAGGAGCCGUUCGCAGCGAGAAACAAGGGAUGUCGUGAAUAGUGGCAAGUCAUAGAGAAUAGAAACAGGUGUUUGACCUGAUGUUCUGCGGAUCUCCAGCUCCCUUCUCUUCCGGUAUGGAGUGUUGUUGAUUGGCUAUGGUUAUUAACUUCCAUAUGAAAAGUUAUGAUUAAUUGAUUAUUAAGGUAAUAAUCUAUUUCUUGUUUUUAUGUUCAUAUAGGGUUGAUUUUUUUGGAGUUUUAGUAAAUUAUACUUCGUAUAUGCUAUGUUGAAUCUUUGACCAUUUCAUUUCAUUGAUAUAGGUUUGUGAUGUUAACUACUAAAAUUAUAGUUGAAGUAUUGUAUUUCAUUUGUAUACCCAUCACAUGUUCGUUGAAAAGAUUGAAUGAAUUCUUUUAUUCAUAUCGAUUAUUUACUUAAGAUGUUUUUGCUCCUUUUCGGUUAAUGUGCUUUGAUGUUUAAUGGGAAUGAUAUGUUUUAAGUGUUUUAGGCUACUUUUUAUUGAGUUCCUAGAGUUAACAGUUGAGUUCAAUUUGUACUCUAGGUAUCUUAUGAUUGAAGGAAGGAUAUAUCAAAGGAGGAAGCACGGUGAGUGCAAUGGGAGUGGUGCAAACUGCAAAGGAAUGAGAAUGUGCUUAUGAUUGUCCUACCUCUCGAACCAUUCACUACCAAACAGGUUUUCUUGUUAUUUCACAAAAUGUUAUACUUGGUCAUAGUAGUAGACUUAAGAGUAUGUCUUUAUUCAUGCAUUUAUUUGGCUGGAAAUCCUCCCGUUUCUUUUAGUAAUUAUUGUUGAUACCUUAAUACUAUCGUUUUGUGUUUCAAAUGGGGGCGUAUUUGAGCUUGAAAUUUGAACCAUCAAGGUUCUAUAAUGCAGUGGAUAGCUUCUAGCAAAUUGCUUUUCUGAUAAAUCAAUUUGGUAUUCCUUAUCUUUGCAUUGCAGAGCUCUUUAAGAUGGUCUGUCAACUGUCAAGGAAAUGAAACUGAUUUGCGUGCGGAAUCUGAAUUUAGUUGUUUUAUUUUAUGUGACAGAAAGUGCUAAAGUGCAAUAAUGCUUGAAGUACUUAAGUGCUGAUUUUAUUGAAGCCUGAAGUAAUAAAGUGAUGAUCUUAGUGAAGCUUACUGAAGUGCAAUGAGAAGAAGUUUGAGAUAUGUGUAGUAAUAAAAGUGUAGCCCGUCUUUGUAAUUGGUCUUUCUUUUGUUUGAGUAGCCUGCUUCUUCUAUAUAUAGAAAAAUUGUAAUUACAAUAUAUUCAAUUUAAAGGUUUCUAGAUUUAAAUUAAACUAAGUGACAGUCAUCUGUGUUUGAGCUUCUUUAAAGAUAGAGUUCUGUGGGUUCAUAUGGCACUACUAAAAGAUAGAGUUCUGUGGGUUGCAGAUGUCUGGUAUAGAUGACGGUGGCGGCGAUACAAGUGUUUCGUGAAUGAUCAGCGAUAUAAGUGUUUCGUGAAUGAUCAACGGUGUUUGAUAUAUAUCAUCUAUAUAUAGUUGAUUUUUAAUUUCUUUAUUGUUGAUAGAUUCCCCCUUUUUUAUGAUGCUCUGAAUUGCUAAUUUUAAAGCCUUGUAAUUUAGUGGUUUCUUGACUUUCUUCAACUAAAUGUCCUCUUUGGCAAUGUCCACAGACAAUUCAAUUUAGCACAUUAGCCCAUUCCGGUGACUAUUUCGUUUAGUACAUUAGAGUAUUAGACCAUUGCAGUGACUAUUCUCUGUAGCUAGACACUUUAUGUCAUGUUCACAGACAAUUCAAUUUAGCACAUUAACUCAUUCUCACGACUAUUGUCUGUAACUAGACAUUUAAUGUAAUGUUUACAAAC